AUGUUAUCAAGGGGAACUAUUCUCACAGUUGCUCUGAGGAUUACGGCAGUCAGUAGUAUGGCUGAACUGUCGUUUGAGAACUGGUUUUGUGGGACCGACACAAUGACCAGGAUGAUAUCAUAUAACUCUAUGUAUCUGGAUGCUGGUGGUUCUUUGAAUCACUGUUGCGCAAUUCACGACAACUGUUAUGGUUUACAAUUGGGACGAGAAAACUGUGAUCAAAACUUCUGUGAUUGUUUACGACGCCUUCAAACUGCUGUUCAACAAACUAACCUUCAAGCACUCAGCUGUUUUGCCUUCAUUCCUUUGCCUACUCAACGGUCAACACAAUGUAGUAACUUAACUGUAACUUACCAGCCCUUCCCAUCAUUUACCCUCUUUCCUAAAGAACCCUUCUACUUAUCAACUUGUAUUAGCACCUUUCGGUAA